AUGACGUCCAAGCUGCAGCCACUGUCCGCGCUCAUUGGCUCGCUGCUCGCGCAGGCUGAUGCAGUGUUGAGCAGCCGUGUCUUCGUGGGGACAGCGAGGGGCCUGUGGGACCGGCAUGGGCGGGAGGUGCUGCACUUCCUGGAGAAGAGGAGAGAGGGGGUAUCGUGGUUCAAGAGUGCCUCCGCUGCUAUCACGCUCGAUACGCUGGACAAUCUGUUCACCCAGCAGAUGCAGCGCUUGCAGGGCCACUCUCUCAUGGAGAGGGACCUGGAGCCGCCUCGAGCCAUCUGCGACGCACGGGGGGUGCUGUCUAAGGGAGGUGCUCCUGCCGCCACUGCUAGGGUGCACGACUCGCUCUCUCUAUACUAG